UGCAAUGUAUUUUAAUAAGUUUACCAACGACUUUAAUGUAUACUGUUAUUUUGAUAAAGCUACUUACAUGCCAAUUUAACAGCAAGAAGAUUAAACAUCUCACUGAUCAAUUAUAUAUCGAUUGGAAACAUUUGAAAAGCCCGGAAGAACAUGAAAUUAUGAAAAUGUAUGCAGCAAGAGCAAGAUUGAUUUCUUUGAUUUAUUCCUCGUAUUAUUUUAUAUGUUGUCCAAUGUUUAUAUUUACUAGCCUUAUACCGAAGAUAUUAGAUAUUGUAUUACCUCUCAACGAAUCUCGCCCUAUGUUAAUGCCUAACGAAGCUCACUAUUUUGUUAGCGACGACAGAGAAUAUUUCUAUUACAUUUUUUUUCAUGUUUUUAUAUCUACAUUCAUAAUUUUAACGGGUUUACUCGCGCAUGAUUGUGUGAUCUUGACUUACACCGAACAUGUUUGCGGAAUCUUCGCUGUGGCUGGAUUUCGUUUCGAAAACUUGGCACGUAAUACGGACAUAAAAAAUGAUAAGAUAGAUAUACAAUCAAAAGAUGUACAAUGUCAGAUAUACACUCAAAAAAUAGCAUUAUCCGUUCACGCACAUUGGAGAGCUUUACAAUACGCAGAGUUUCUGAAAAAUACUUUUUCCGUCACUUUAGUUAUACAAAUGUUCAUAGUUAUUGUAGCAAUGAGUGUCACUUUGCUGCAAAUGGCAAUACAAUUGGAGAUUAUUGAAACAACGAGAUACAUGGCAUUUGUUACUGGUCAAUUGAUCCAUAUAUUCUGCUUCAGUCUGCAAGGCCAAAGACUGAUAGACCAUAGUUUACAAAUGCAUGAUAAAAUAUAUAAGUGUUCCUGGUACAAAAUACCCGUGAAAUCGCAAAGACUGCUCUUAAACAUCAUGAGAAGAAGCUUGCAACCGAAUAUUUUAAGCGCUGGUAGAAUAUACGUUUUUUCAUUGAAAAACUUCAUGACGGUUCUACAAUCUUCGGUGUCAUAUUUUACCGUACUCGCAUCUUUCUAAUAAUGAAUGGUCGAUAAAUGGAAAUAGUAUUUCUGUAAACGUAUAAUAAUGUU